AUGAUCGCUUUGCUUUUAUCGCUUAAAUUCCUGGAGAACUGCUAUUGGGACUGCAUUUUUCCAUUCACCUCAGAUAUGAAUAUUUGGCUUCAUCAGGCAGUGAAAUCACGGGCUGCCAAUGCCGGACCACGAACUUAUUUGGCUAUAUUGUUUCGCCGCUUGUGCAAACUGAUCUACUUUGGUAUUCGGCCGGUGUUUGUGUUCGAUGGCCAGGUACCAACAAUGAAACGAAACACUAUGGUAAGUUCUGUCCAAUAUAUUCUCUGCUGCUCACUAGUCACAAAAAAUAAAUGCAUAACUAAGAUUAGAUUAAAUCACCAAUAUAGGCAUUCUGUACGUCAUGGAUGUAAACGCAAGGUAACGCUGUGCGAAGUGUGGCCAAAAAAGACCAGAUCAAUUCUAUAUGCCAUACUUGGGUAUUCUCCUUGUCUAUGCACUAUUUUUCGUCCACUCAUAGGCCAUGAUAUCACCGAGAUGUAUAUCGCACCACCUUCCCCCUCACUUUCCAAUCAUCCCUCGCGUGUCAUUCUGAUUGGAAUGUAUAGGUCCUGUUAUCAGUUGGGUCGAAAUAAUAGUAAAAUGUAUGAGCUAUAG